ACUGCUAAUAAUCUCAACACAAACAUAAUUUCCAUUUUCUGCUCCAUAUUUGCUUCCUUCAACCUCCAUUGAUUUCUCUUUCUCUCUUUCUCCAUGGAUAUGAUCAUAACCAAAGAACUGGCUUAUGAGUUCGAGAUGCCUUCUUCCAUCAGAGUCUACAAAGAUGGGUCAGUGGAACGCAUACCGUCUCCCAACCCAGACCCAGAAACCGGCGUCUCACCAAAAGACAUAACAAUAUCUCAGAACCCUCCCGUUUCUGCUCGCCUCUACCUACCCAAUCUCACCCACCUGCACUACCCUAAUCCAAAGCUUCCCAUCUUUGUUUACUUCCAUGGAGGUGGAUUUAUUGCCGGAUCCGCCUUCUCAUCUCUGUAUCACCGGUACCUUAACAUCUUGGUCUCUCAAGCCCGGGUUGUUGCCGUUUCCGUGGAGUAUAGACUAGCUCCGGAGAACCCACUCCCCGCAGCAUAUGAAGAUUGCUGGACUGCUCUUCAAUGGGUGGCAUCUCAGACAAUUGGAAAUAAACCCGAUAAAGAGUCAGACCCUUGGCUCUUGAAUUACGGUGACUUCGGCAAAAUAUUAAUCGGCGGUGACAGCUCCGGGGGCAACAUUGCACACAAUGUAGCAAUGCGGGCAGGUGUUGAAGAUUUGAAAGGUGGGGUUAAGAUCUUUGGAGCUCUUGUAGGCUACCCUUUCUUUUGGGGAUCAAAACCAAUUGGGUCUGAACCCACCGCUGAUCGGGGGAAGUACUGCGCAGCCCCGGUUUGGGACUUGGUUUAUCCGACGGCGCCGGGAGGAAUCGACAAUCCGAUGAUUAAUCCGUUUGGAGUCGGAAAGCCGGGCCUGGCGGCUGCUCUAAGAUGCUGAUUAUCCGGAAGCCAAGAAUUCUCCAAGAAGCCAGUCCAGAGACGAGUUGCUUUAGCUCUUGCCCAUCUUUGUUCCCCAGAGGACCAGAGAACCAUAUUUAUUGAAAAUAAUGGUUUGGAGUUGCUUCUUGGGCUUCUUGGUUCUGCGAGCCCAAAGCAGCAAUUUGAUGGUGCUGUGGCUUUAUACAAGUUGGCCAACAAAGCUAUGACUCUUUCUCCUAUUGAUGCAGCUCCCCCUUCUCCAACACCACAGGUUUAUUUGGGGGAGCAAUAUGUAAAUAAUGCUACUUUGUCGGAUGUUACCUUUCUUGUUGAAGGUAGACGGUUCUAUGCUCAUAGAAUUUGCCUUCUUGCUUCUUCAGAUGCAUUUCGUGCAAUGUUUGAUGGUGGCUAUCGGGUGAGUUUGCUUCCUUCCCUCUUCUUAAGGAGACCUGUGGGUCUUAUCCUUCACUGCUAACUCUGGUUUUGUGGAUUUUUAUUCAAGUGUUAUUCUGAUAGCAAUGACAAAGGCAGAGAGCUGCAAUUGAUAUGACAUAUAUUCCUUUACUCCUUUGUUUAUCAAGAUUCUGGAGUUUAAUCUCCAACUCCAUUUACCCUUGUGAACUCAGACUUUAUGCAAUGGAGUAUUAUCAUUUGUUUAGCUAUAAAUCUGCCAUUCUUAA